AUGGCUGAGGACAACCACACCACGGUGAUAGAGUUCAUCCUUCUGGGACUGACGAGCAAGCCCAACCUGCAAACUCCUCUCUUCGUCCUCAUCUUCACCGUUUAUCUCCUCACCCUGAUGGGCAACCUGGGGCUGAUCUCACUGAUCAGGACCAGCCCCCGGCUGCACACCCCCAUGUACUUCUUCCUCUGCAACCUCUCCAUCGUUGACCUUUGCUACUCCUCUGUCUUCUCUCCUAAGCUGCUUGUUGGCCUCUUGGUGGGAAAGAAAAGCAUUUCUUACUGCUCCUGCUUUGCCCAGCACUUCUUCUUCCUGGCCUUUGUGACCACGGAGGUGUUCUUGCUGGCAGUGAUGGCCUACGACCGCUACCUGGCCAUUUGCAACCCUCUGCUCUACAGCCUUUCCAUGCCCAGGAGGGUUUGCCUGCAGCUGGUGGCCACCUCAUACGUAGGGGGCAUCUUGAACUCCUUCAUCCAAACCUCUUGCUUGCUGCCAUUGCCCUUUUGUGGCCCCAAUGUCAUCAACCACUUCUUCUGCGACACCAACCCUCUGCUGGAGCUCUCCUGCUCUGAUCACCGCUUCAACGAGCUCUUGCUCGUCACCUUCAACGGGACCAUAUCCAUGUCUGUGCUCUUCAUCAUCAUCACCUCAUAUGUCUACAUCCUCCUCUCCAUCCUGAGGAUUAGGUCAGCCAGAGGAAGGCACAAAGCCUUCUCCACCUGUGCCUCCCACCUCUUGGCUGUCGCCUUGUUCUACGUGCCCGCAGGGCUGAGCCACAUGCAGCCAGGCUCCAAGUACUUGCUGGAGAUGGAGAAAGUCACUGCUGUGUUUUACACCCUCAUCAUCCCCAUGCUCAACCCUCUGAUCUACAGCCUGAGGAAUGCAGAGGUCAAGGAGGCAUUUAGGAGAGCCACAGCGAGGUCAGUUUGGUCGGGAGGCAACUCAAACAUAGAACCAUAG